AUGAAGAAGAAAACUCAGAAAAAGGCUGCUGCUGCUGAUGGUGAUGAACAACAGCCUUGCAGAUUCAGAAGAAACAGAUGCAAGAAUUUCAGUGAUGAUAAUCAUCUACAAUUUUGUGAUAAACAUUACAAAUUUCACUUAGAUUUUCUAAGAAACAAUCCUUCGAUUUCAAUUAAAAAUAAUCAUCUUCUUCUCGAGUCUGAAACUCCAGAUCUGACGAAGAAGAGGAAGCAUGCUCCUAAUCAGCAGAGCUCCAUCAUCCCUCCAGAUGAAGAGCGUUGUUGUAGAAAUGAUGGAGUGCUAUGGAGAUGUAAGAAUUUCAGGAUGAGUAGGAAUAGUGAUGAUGAUGGUCCUAGUUCAGUAUUAUGUGAAAAACAUUACAAUUCCAAUAAGAAAAAUCUUAGGGUUUAUCUUCAGAAGAAGCGUAAGAAGCUAAAUGGAGGUGAUGAUUCUGAUAGUGAUAUAGAAACUAGGGAUUCAAUUUCAAAUUGCUCGAAGCGGCGGAGGAAGCGGCAGCUAAAGGAGGAAGAUGAUCCAACCAUCUACCAAUUAUACCAAUGCUGAAACAAUUGUAGGGGGUGGAUCUGCCAAAUUUUGGACCAAGAGGAAAUAUGAGGAAAGAACGGAAGAACUAAAAUCAUUGACAAAAACUAGGGAACCUGUGGUCAAAACUUGGGCCUCGAAACGGCGGAAGAUGGUAACCAAAGGUGACCGCUUCGUUGACGAAACAAGUAAUGAACCAGCUACCAACGAUAACUGUGACUCUGAUGGAAUUGUAGAAGGUGGUUCUCCCAAAAUUGGGACAAAGAGCAAAAAUGUCGUAAGAGCAAAAGGGUCAGGAGAACCUGUAAUUCAAUUGGAGAGCGUGGAGCUUUAUAAAAGUAGAUGUUUUGAAUUGUUUAUGGAGCGUGAGAAGAAUAAGAUGGAGCUUGAGAAGAUGAAAAUGGAGCUUGAGAAGAAGAAAUCGGAGUGCACUGAACUCCAGGAUAAAUUAGCAGAGGUAGAAGAAACUAGAAAUAGUACUCCUAGAGAUGAGGAUGCAACUAAAUAUUGGAUGAACAAGUGCUCCGAUUUGGAGAGUCUAGUCCUGAGGAUGGAAAAUGAAAAUUCAACAAUGAGACGUGUCGUUUCUAAUUUGGAGAGCCUAGUCCAGAGGACUGGAAAAGAAAGUUCAAUCUUGAGAUGUCAAGAAUUGCGUAAUUCUGAAAAGAUAGAGUCUGAAGCGCUGGGUUUGCAGAAUGAAAUUACCCAAACUGGUGAUAAGCAAAGAGAUAAAAACAACAAGAGCAAACCUAGUGCUGAAAUCAGUGGUGGAUGGGGCAAGGAUUCUCGGACGUAUGAACUGAAAACCAAAGAAAAGGUGCUGAAUGUGAAUGAUUGGGCCGGUUUGGAAGAGAGACCAUCUCAACAUAGAUCACCAUCUCAAGCUCAUCUGGAAAUGAGUAAGAUGACUUUUGUGAACUUGCUCUCAGAUUCAGUUGACGCUGGUGAUAGUCUUAGCGAAUCUGAAGAAAUUGAUUGUUUAAUUGAUUCAAAAAUUUCUCUUAGUGACCCCAUGGAUAUGUUGGCGCUGAAAAAUUUAAAUAUGAACAAUGACGAAAUGAAAUGGAAAUCUGAGGCUGAUAUGCUUUCUUCAUUUGAAAAGGAUACCGAGCUCUGUAUGAAAGCUAUUUGUGCUCUCUAUCGGCAGCAAAUAUCCGAAGACGAAAUAUCACUCAAGGGGUUGGUCAUUGACGAGGACAUGCACAGGUGUAUUGGGUUUGGCCAAGUUUCUAAUGGAUGAGGACUGCAAAGGAGACCUAAAGAAGUUUAUGAAAGAGGUGGAGACAUUAGAAAAGCUGGCUGAAAGAUACUCGAUAUAUAUAUUCGAUAUCUACAAAAACAAAAAGGAUCCUCUUUUCCUUCCUGCUACAACUGCCAACCAUGGAGAUGAACUACGGAGUGAUAGACUGUUGUGAGUGGCCUUAAUUUUUUGCACUAGACAUUGCAAUCUUGCAUCUUCUUUUCACCUUCUUUAGUUCUGCACACAUGAAAUGGAAAACUGGUUAAUAUAAGUACACUGGAUGUGGAUCGAGUCUGCAAUGUAGUAAGUCAUAUCAUGGUAGCUAGACUUCAGCUUGUUUUGAUAGGUGUACAUGGAGAAAAAAGAACCCUUGUUUAGCUCAUGGAACUGAUGAAGUUAUGUGUAAAUCUAAUUAUUCUAUUAAAGGAAAUAGUGCACUGGAUUUGGAUUGACUCUGCAAUGUAGUAAAUCAUAUAUGGUAGGUAGG